GUCGUACUGAAAACAAACAUCCCGCAUGGAGUCUGUCUUGGCGCAUCAUUUUGGUUGACUGAUCAAUAUUUUACCAUUAUAGCUUUUGAUUCGUUGGGACUUGUGACAUGGACCCUGACGAUCAGCAGUUGGUAGGACGGCUUUCGUUCGACGAGCUCUCGACUGAUACUGCAGAAAUGGAAGUUGGAGGCGCUGGGGAUUCGAAUCUGGAAGUCGUACCAUCCACACCAUGGUGGAAAGAUAACAGAGCAAAGCUUCGAGAGUUGCUGCACAGCCAAAAGGCCCAGUAUACUGUGGUUGGACUAGUCGUAUUGGACUGUAUAAUUGUUAUUGCUGAGCUUAUUGUUGAUCUUCAGAUUCUUAAAGUUCAUCACGACAACCCAGCUCCCCACAUUCUUCAUUACAUAAGUAUAGCAAUUCUAAGUAUCUUCUUGAUUGAGCUGAUCCUUAAAAUGUACGCGAUGGGCUUGGACUUUUUGAGGCAUAAAAUGGAGGUUUUUGAUGGUAUCGUAGUCGUUGUAUCAUUCGCCCUGGACAUCGCCUUCAGUGGAUCUGAAUCUGCUGCAGAAGGAGCAAGCCUUUUAGUUAUUCUUCGUCUGUGGCGUGUUACGAGAAUUGUGAAUGGGAUUGUAAUGUCUGUCAAGAUUCAAGCAGAGAAGAAGAUUGAACAGCUGACUGCUGAAAAUGAUGAACUGAAAGAAGAGAUUAUUAAAAUAAAAACGAGAAACGCAGAACUUGAGAAAGAAAUUAGUGCACUUAAAGGCCAAUAGCACUGAAUAUCACUCAUAGGUUUGGAGGCUGUGACACCAAAAUCUGUUUGGGGAAGCCCCAUUGACUAAAUCUUGAACUUUCCAUGAUGAAGCUAGUGCCAACUGAGAAAUCCAGACCUGAGCAAAAGGAUCUCAUACUACUGUCAUGUACUCUCGUUCUCAAUAACACGUGUGGGAUGGUCAACCCGAUAAUGCUGCGGAUAGAUCUUGAUAGAAGUCAAUGACGCUGUAAUUAUAAUUAAGAAUCACAUAACCCGACAAGAGCCUCCGAAAAUGGCAUGGAAACGCUAGCGCUUUGUUAUACGAUUUAGGUAUCCAUGUUAUUGAGAACAAGUUAACUAUAGAAUGGAAAAAUUCCAGUUUGCAUCACGCUUCAUACUGAGUGGUUAUUCUAUGAAAAUUUAUAUUUCAAUUUUAACUAACUGCUCCACGCGAUUCUGCUACAUACAUGAAACAAAGGUAGCCCAGCUGGUAUAGUAUCAUAAUAGCGCAGCGCAGUCGUGACGUCAUAAAAACGAAGACGAAGGCGAAAUUCGGACAAACAAACUUACAAGUUUACUUUCAGCAAAUAAUUUUCACAGCCGAUCGCAGUUGAUCUUAGUUUA